AUGGAUGCUUCACCUGAUUCUUCAGCUGCUUACUAUUAUGUAUCAACUGUUAUUGGUUUAAUAAUCGUUUUAGCAAUUCCAUAUCAAUAUUCACAAAUUAAAUGUUUAUUACAACGUAGAAAAAGACAAAUAAACAAUAACUUGAAUGAAAAACUUAAAGCAAUAGCUGAAGAAAUAUUAGAAGAAAACGAAGAAGGAAUUGAUAUCGCUCCGAUCCAUUCUUUCAUAACCGUGUGGUUUCACAAAAUAUGGAAUACUACGAUCCAUGUUACAAGUGUUGGUGAUAUGAGUGUUGGAGAAAUUAUUCUUUUAUUCGUUUUCAUUUUUUUUAAUUUAUUUUUCUUUCUUCAUCCGUUUCAAACAUCAAAUGCCAACUUCCCGACUAACCUAAACAAUAGAGCUGGUCGGAUUGGUGUGGCAAAUGCAGCUUUUAUAUUUCCGUUAGCUUCUCGUAACUCUAUAUUUUUAACAUUUUUGGGUAUACCUUUUGAACGUAUUAUUAAAUUCCAUAGAUGGGUUGGUAGAAUGAUAAUUUUUUGUAUAAUGUUUCAUGGCAUGGGUCAUAUACAAGAAGGAUAUGAAGCAGGCGGUAAUCUAACCGCAGCAAUAUUUGGAAGCACUGUUCGUACAAGAGGCUUUAUAGCUUUUCUUUCAUUAGCACUAUUGGGAUUAACUUCUCUUUCAAUAUUUAGAAGAAGAUAUUUUGAAUUUUUUUAUUGGGCACAUAUUAUUGGAUUCAUAGUUUUUGUUAUUGCAAAUAUUUUUCAUGUUUCGGAAAAUUUUUAUUUUGAAAUAAUCGGAAUUCUUCUUUACUCGAUUGAUGUUUCGAUCAGAUUUUAUCUCUCAAAGAAAAAUGCAAAAAUUAUAAAAUUAGAAACAAUUCAAAAUGAUAUAACGAAAAUAACCAUCAAAUACAACAUGUUUUAUGAAGCCGGUCAAUACAUAUUUGUAUUUGGCAAAUAA